AUUGUCUUUUUUUUUCUCCUGUGAAUGCCGUUGCCAUCUUGAUUCUACAUUACAUAACAAACAAAUAACGCUAAAUGUUUGGAGCGGUGGUUUUUCCUCUUCUUAUGUAUAGAUCAGCGCACGCUCAAUGAAUUACGGAGGCUGGUGAUGACGUAUUAACUACAUCACUGGAGAGCGCAAAACCACUCCUCGGCAGUGGGCAGGGAGCAGAGCAGCAGAGAGCGACCGAGCGACCUUGUCUGGUCGGAUUCACAGUUUCGUGGCUUGUUGAGCGUGAAAGCUGCGGAAACGAACAGUGGGUCGCGGUGGUAUGGCGUUUGUUCUUCGCGGUGCAUGUGCUAACUCGGGAUGUUUUUCCAACAGAUAUUUUAACAGAGGUGGUGCAGAGGCAUAGGAUACUCGUUCCCAUUCCUCUCUUCCGUAUGUUGGAUUUGUGUGCAAAAGGAGGAUCGAGGAACGACGCUCACCCAAAAAGGCGCUUGGGAAACAUGAGGAUUGCAUGGAGCGGUCCAAACCCACGUACAGCAUUGUUGGACUUUUAAGAGGUUUGUGUUUGUUCUCGAGCAAGGCUUGCGCAUCGCCCGGACACAUCUUGGUGGAGGAUACACACAUGCAUCAUUUAUACAUGUAACAUAGUUUUCUGUAUUAUGCAUAUGCACACUAUAUCGGACCAGAAGGCGUCCAUGGUGCGUGUCAUUUAACGAUUUCCUCUGUGCACCAAGUGCCAAAUUCCAACUGCGAUGGCGAACGUGUGCAACCGCGAUAUCGUGCAAAAGUACAUUUUCCAUAAACUGUCCAAGCAGGGGUAUAUGUGGGAAUUCGAGGACGCUGCAGCCGUUCAAGAAGAGGAAGAAGAAGAAGAGGAGGAGGUGGAGGAGGAAGAAGAAGUGGGGAAUAAUAGGUCGAUCAUCGCUCCUCCACCGACUUUGGUGAAACGAUGUCGAGGAGAAGUGGGGGACGACAACGACGCCAACACCGGGCCGGAGAGCAUCCCCCGUCUUUCCAAGCGGAUCACGGCCCGCCACGGGGACCCGCGCGCGGCGACCCACCGGGUGCUGCGCGAGGCGGGGGACGAACUCGAGAGACUCUACCAGGCGGACUUCACCGAGAUGUCGCACCAGCUGUACCUCACGUCGACUACGGCGCAGAGGCGGUUCAGGGAGGUGAUCGACGAGCUGUUCAGGGACGGCGUGAACUGGGGCCGGAUCAUCGCAUUUUUCGAGUUCGGGGGUACCGUGUGCGUGGAGUGCGCCGGCGGCCAGGAGGAGGAGAUGGUGGCGCAAGUGGAGCACAUCGCCGAGUGGAUGACUGAGUACAUGAACGGGCAUCUGAACAACUGGAUCCAGGACAACGGGGGAUGGGAGUCCUUCGUGGAGCUGUACGACAGACAGCGGGGGUCGGUGUUCAGCUGUGCCUGGCCCUCCAUCAGGACCGUGUUUGGUCUGGCCGCGCUGGGCGCCGCCAGCCUCACCAUUGGCGCGUACCUCACUCAGAAGUGAAGAGCAAGAAGAAGAGUCGUCUCCCUCUCCCUCGUCUGUCUCGGUCUUUCCUCUCACCUUGACACUUCUCUCCCCUCCCCCUCCCCCUCCCCAGACCUGUGCCGCAGUUGCUCUCCCCCUCUCUCUCUCCCCCUCUCUCUCUCCCCUCUUUCCUUUCAACGCCGCCCGGCCUUCCUCCGAGACGCUCCUUCAAGAACCACAAAACCCUGCCUCCCUCCCUCUCUCUCUCUCUCUCUCUCUCUCUCCCUCUCUCUCUCAUCAAAGCUCAGCCAAGGAACUCCCUCCCUUCCGCUGCGUCCGAACCCCCCCUCUCCCCCCUCUCCCCCCUCCGACCACCUCCUCCUUCUCCUCCUUUCCAAACAAAGCCAAGUGAGGAGGGAGCGAGGAGGAGACGAGCAAACAACGGACGGGAGUGGGAACGUCCCGUCAGGAGGAGGACACUCAGUGACGCCUCCUCGUUUAUGUAAUCAGAGAAAGUUGGACCCGGGCGGGCGAGCGGAUGUUAUGUUGAAACAAUAACACACACACACACACACACACACACACACACACACACACACACACACACACACACACACACACACACACACACACACACACACACACACACACACACACACACACACACACACACAGAAGAAGAAGAAAAAAGUAAACAAAAGGAAGGGCACAGUGCGUCUGGGUUUCGCGUUCUGCCUGCCUGCUUUUUCGUACUGGUCGUAGCAUGAAGCUUUAGGUGUUAGCGUUAGAGACAUAGUGUUGCAUGUGGCGAUGGUUGGCGAGUAGGGAGAACUACAACUCACGUUGGGAGGAGGUCAAGGGGGUCGGAGGAAGGAUAUAUGCGGUGGA